UCAUUCGAAAAUAAUUAGGCCCGUCAGAUCGGAGAGUGAGACGAUGUUGUUUAUCGUUGCUAUCCGUGAUCAUUCAUGUCAUGUUUCAGUCUUUUUUCUCAUCUUAAAUGUCUCAAGUCAUAAAAUCAGCCAUCAAAACAAGAUCAAGUAACUCUUGCGAUCCGUAGGAUUAGCACAGGUUGGAAAGGAGAUCAUCAUAUCUUUCAAUACAAGGAACUUGGAAAGGACCAAAAUUGCUGUGUUUCUUAUAUAAUCUAGGUUUUGGGGGCAUUUCUAAGACCGUAUGGUAUAGCUGGUGAGUCCAGUCCUUGUUAUUUGAAUGGUAAUUCAUAUCACUAGCUGAGCAUAUAGUCAUGGGUGGGUGUUCAUCUAAAGAUGGGACAGUGAGUCAAGUACACCCUAGUGAUUCACAUACCAAUCAUCAUCAUGAUUCAACACUACCUUCCACUACCCCUCUUCACUCGGACCCCGCCCAAUCCCCUACACCCCCUGGUGACUCCUCCCAUACAGGUGAUGUCAAGGUCACAACAGGUGGUGGUGGUGGAGGUGGGGCUAAUGGGACCGGUCCUGGUCCUGCACCUGUCAAGCCAAGCAAAGUCUUAGACGUGGAGUCUGUCGUUUGUAAGGUGGAUGACAUGAAAGACGGCGAAAUGAGAGAGGUGGAUGUAGGAAAAGGCAAAGCUCUUCUUGUUAAAGAGUUAGGAGAGUUCAGUGCUAUAGGACAUAAAUGUACUCACUACGGUGCACCGUUGGUCAAAGGUGCAUUAUGUAAUGGUCGUGUAAGAUGUCCUUGGCAUGGAGCAUGUUUCAGUACGAAGACAGGAGAUAUUGAAGACUUCCCAGGUCUUGAUAGUGUUCCUAAAUAUGAGGUCAGGAUAGAUGGUGAUAAAGUUAUAGUCAGUGGAAACUCAAAGGAGUUAGCUUCUCAUAAGAGGGUCAAGAAGAUGUGUACAAGAUCCCCAGAUGAUGAUAAGACUGUUCUUAUUAUUGGUGGUGGUGCAGCAUCAAUCACAUGUGCAGAGACAUUACGUCAAGAAGGGUUCAAAGGUCAAGUCAUCAUAGCAACCAAAGAAAAACAUCUUCCUUAUGAUAGACCCAAACUCAGCAAGGCAAUGAACUCCAAACCAGAAUCAUUAUCACUACGUAAUGCAGACUUCUUCACCAUUUAUGACAUCACGAUGAUGACAGAGAAAGAAGCAACAUCUGUAGACACUGUCCUCAACUCAGUAACCUUCCUAGAUGGAGAAAACAUCUCAUUUGAUUACCUACUCAUUGCUACUGGUGGAAAACCGAGAACACUCAACGUAACUGGUAACGAUCUUGAUGGUGUAUGCUUGCUCAGAAGCCCUGAGGAUGGUAAUACUAUAGCAGAGAUAGGACAGGGAAAGAAUGUAGUCAUCGUUGGAACUUCAUUUAUAGGUAUGGAGGUAGCAGCUUAUUUAUCAGAUAAAGCAGCUAGUAUUACAGUCAUAGGUAGAGGGUCAGCACCAUACAAGGCUUCAUUAGGGGAGAAAGUAGGCAAGGCAUUGCAGAAGCUUGCUGAAUCAAAAGGGGUCCGAUUUGUAAUGGAGAACGGUGUGUCAGAGUUCAAAGGUGAAGGGGGCAGACUGAAGAAGGUCAUCCUCAAGGACGGCCAGACGAUAGCUGCAGACGUCUGUGUCUUAGGAGUAGGCGUUACCCCGGCAACAGACUUCCUCAGUGAUAGUGAAUUAAAGAUGACAGAUCGAGGGGCAGUGUGUGUAGACAAGUACAUGAAGACCAACAAGACUAAUAUCUAUGCAGCAGGAGAUAUUGCAUCAUUUCCUUUAGCAAUGGCUGAGAACAGAGAGGUCAAUAUAGGUCACUGGCAGAUAGCUCACGCACAUGGUCGUGUAGCAGCACUCAAUAUGCUAGAUCAGAAAGUUGAGAUGGAAACAGUCCCUUUUUUCUGGACUCAGAUUUUCGGCAAAAGUGUCAGAUAUGCAGGAUUCAAUGAAGGCUUUGAUGAUGUUGUUGUUACUGGUGACCUAGAUGAACUCAGAUUUGUAGCUUACUACAUCAAGGACGACAUUGUUGUUGCCAUGGCCAGUAUGAACUCUGAUCCUAUCGUCUCACAGUUUGCCGAGGUGCUAGCAAGCGGGAGAGAACUAAAUAAAUCAGAAAUACAGUCUGAUCCUAGUCAAUGGUCAAGUAAGUUAUGAAAUCCCACCGAUCUCAAUAUUACUACACACCUCUAGCAUUAAGACAAACUCAAUCAACUGAGGAUCAUGGGCUGAUUGUCACACCCAAUAAUCCACUAUCGUAACCCAUCAGUAAUUAGCAUUAUUACUAAUCUAUAAGUAUGGAAGUGAAAGAUAUUGGCCUGUAUUCUGAACUGUGGUCAUCUGAAGUCACUGUUUAAAUUUGUAUUGCCAAUUGUGAGACAAAUGGAUCUAAAUUUAUUCAUAACUGUCUGGGAAUAAUCAGUUUAACUUAUUAAAGCAUACUUUUAUUUUCCAUGAGUAAAAAUUGUUUUUUUUGACACAGCUCAUUUAAUUACUUAAUUCAGAAGCCCCGAAAGUUUGAAAGGGGGAUCUAUUAAGGGCAUUGCAAGAAACUCACAUUCAUUAAGGGUAAGUCCCAAAUUCAAGCAUAAAUCCUUGAUUAAAUACAAAUUUGUAGUUGAUUUGCAGUCAACUGAAAUUAAACUUUCUUGUAAUGCUUCCUUAUACUUUAAAAUUUGGGGACUUUUGCUUGAUUUGCAAUUGAAGUGAACUUUCUUACAAUGCCCUGUUAUUAGCUAUCAUGAAGAGUAUGUACAUUAUUAAUUAUCUUUUCACACAAGUUUGUUCUCAAUAUCUUAUGUAUUAAAGUUGUGAAAGUUGUAUAAUUAAAACAAGAGUCAAAAGUAAAUUCUGAUGUUGGAUUUUGUGGUUUUCAAUCAACCUUCUCAGAUAUCAUUUUUACUGUACCUUGACCUCAUCCCAUUCUACUAUGUGAUCAUUGGUUUAUUCCCUAUCUGUGCUGUCAAAUAUUCUUUAGAUGAACAAAAUUGAGACCAAAGUUUAAUUUAUUGAAUUCUGCAAUGUACUAUAUUAGAUUAUGUUAUGAAUAAUGUAUUCUACUGUAUACUGUACUAUACAAGGAAAAAUAUAUGGAUUUAAUGAUUCUUUUUAUUAAAUGUGUUCAUGAAGGGCACGUGUGGAAAUUAAUUUGCAAACCUCAAGUUGUUUUUGAGAAACAAUUACUAGUACUGCUGUAGAGCUGACACUAUUUAAAGUUAUAUAUAUAUUCAAUCAUUGCAUUAUAAGAAGAAAACAAAUAUUUUCUUAUCGUGUGAAUAAUGUUAGGGUCUGAACAUCUAUGCAUGCAGAACACUUAGAAUGAAUGUCAAGUUGUCCAUUUCAAAUACAUGUAUUACUAUUUGAGCAUUUUUUAUUUACUAUUCUACCCCUCACUCUCUCUUUCGUUCUCCCCAUCUUUGUCU